AGCCAAUGUCCCCAAAGAGGACAUAUUGACUAAGAGAUUGGAACACUUAAAAAGUGUUCAGAUGAUAAAAUAGUGCGUUUUUACGAAGGAAAUCUGGAGUGUGUCUGAACAGCAAGCCGCACGAGUCUACCGCCGGCUUCUGGAAGGGUCGACGGGCGGGGAGGGCGGAACCAAGUCGCGUUAAGUGCGUCUUAUUAUUACACAUUUAAACACCCUUUUACCCUGAAUGACAACACGCAAUCAACUGAAUUAUUUUUAAAUGGUUAUGCUAAUUAUUACAAGCUUUGUGCAUAGAAUCAUUUAUAGUUAGAACAGAAAAUGUAUUUAUUUGUAAUGUGGUUUCUUCCGAUCACGUUAGAACUCAGUCUGUGCCCUGAUAUCGCGUGAAUUCCGGAGAUGCAUGAGAUGGACUGAACCGAGUGGAUUUAAAAAGUUUUUCCUGGUUUCUCCAGCAUGCCCUGUGAAGUGAAGCCUCGCUUUGUGGUUCUCUACGGGUCUCAGAAGGGCCAAGCAGAGUCCCUAGCAGAGGGAAUAGCUGAGGUGGCAGAGGAGCAUGGACUGGAUGCUGAGCUCUGUUGCUUGAACCACAAGGAGAAGUACAAUUUGGAGAAGGAGAAGGCCCCAGUGGUCUUUAUUGUGUCUACUACUGGAGAUGGGGAACCGCCAGACAAUGCCCUCCAAUUUGUAAAGAGCAUCAAGAAGAAGACCCUUUCCACUGACCACUAUAAACACCUUUGCUAUGCACUUUUAGCUUUAGGAGACACAAAUUAUGCAAAUUUCUGCAACUGUGGGAAGACGAUUGAGCGACGUCUACAGGAACUUGGAGCCGAACAAUUCUAUGCGACAGGAUAUGCAGAUGAUGGUGUAGGACUGGAGGUGGUUGUGGACCCCUGGCUUGAAGGACUCUGGAAAGCAAUCAAAGGAUUCUUAUCAAAAAUGGCUUCUGAUAUGACUGUUUACUUGAACGGAGAAGCAGGGGAUUCAACAAAGGAAACUCCUGACUCAUCCAUACCAGAUGUCCAACUAAACCUCUUGACAAUAACUGACCACCAGGACUGCAUUUUGACCGGAACAGCCUCCAAAUUUGCAACUGCUGCCUCAGCUUCUGCUGCGUCUGAUCUCCGGCCAGGUCCUGGCUUGGCAUCCCAGCGUUGCAGUACUGCCAGUGUUUCCACAUCUGCACCGGAGACGCAUACCGGGGAUGCUGGAGUUCCUCAUGUUGCAUUGGCAGCCUCACUAAUAUGCUCACUGCCGCCACUGUGUGAGUCCUCGCUUAAUGUUCCCGCUCUGCCUCUUCCCUACCUCGAUGUCACUCUUCAGGAGGCGGACGAUGUGGAACAGAUUGUUGGACCGUCAAACAAAGAGUCUCUGCACGAGGUUCCUAUAUGCAGGGCAGUUCAGCUAACCAGAGGAGAUUCAGUCAAAAUGUCUCUUUUCUUAGAACUGGACAUCUCUGCUCACCCGAUGAUAACCUAUCAGCCGGGGGAUUCGUUCGAUGUGUUUUGCCCAAACAAGGCCGCUGAGGUGGAGGACAUGCUCCUCAGAUUGGGUCUAAGUGACCAGAGGAACCACAAAGUUCACAUUUCUCUGCGUAAAGACACUAAGAAAAAAGGUGCACAGGUGCCAUCCUACGUUCCCCAGAACAUCUCUCUACUGUACCUGCUCACAUGGUGUCUGGAGAUCAGGACUGUUCCUAAGAAGGCGUUUCUCCGAGCGCUGGUGGAGCACACGGGCGACGGCGUGCAGAGGAGGAGGCUGCAGGAGCUCUGCAGUAAACAAGGCAACGCAGACUACAACCUGUAUGUGAGGGAGCAGAGCCUCGGCGUGUUGGAGCUUCUCACGGCCUUCACUUCCUGCUCGCCUCCUCUCAGCCUCCUCAUUGAGCAUUUGCCGAAACUGCAGCCGAGGCCUUAUUCAGCAGCCAGCUCCUGGCUUAGGUACCCAGGAAAGCUGCAUUUUGUCUUCAACGUGGUUGAGUUCCCAGCAUGCACUGGACGGCCUGCGGGGAGGCGAGGGUUGUGUACCGGUUGGCUGUUUGACCUCAUCAAUCCCGUCCCGGUUUUCUCUGAGAAGGCUGCAUCCUCCGGCAGCCCGGCUCUGCCAAAGAUCUAUGUGAGUCUGAGACCCAGCUGCUCUUUCCGGCCUCCCUCUGACCUGUCGGCGCCCUUUAUAAUGGUCGGACCGGGGACAGGAGUUGCCCCCUUCAUCGGCUUCCUCCAGCAAAGAGAGAAGGAGAGGAAGGAGAACCCUGACGCCAUAUUUGGCGAGACCUGGCUGUUCUUUGGAUGUCGCCACAGAGACCGAGACUACCUGUUCAGAGAGGAGCUGGAGGGCUUCGUGUCCAGCGGUACGCUGAGCCGACUCGAGGUGUGUUUCUCAAGAGAGGACCAGGAGGAGGAGGCCACCAGCUCCGCAGCACCACCCAGAUACGUGCAGCACAACCUGCUGCGUCACAGCCGACACGUCACCGACAUCCUGCUCAGACAGAGCGGCUCCCUCUAUGUCUGCGGCGAUGCCAAGAACAUGGCUAAAGACGUGAACGACACCCUGCUGGAGGUUAUCAAAACCGAGCUUCAGGUGGACCAGCUGGACGCCAUGAAGAGCCUGGCGGCGCUGCGAGAACAGAAACGCUACCUGCAGGACAUUUGGGCCUGACAGCGGAUGACCAGAUAAGAGCAUUUUGCUGCAUCCACUGGGUCUUUUAACACCUUCAAGAUAAAAUAAGCACGCUCAGCUGUCACCUUUACAACCGUACAAAUUGUGGAUGCUGAAGCCCGGAGGUAGUUUGCUCCAAUGCUACCCCGAUAGCUGAACUCUGCUGUGUGAACAGAAGCGAUCUGGGUCAGAGCAAGAGUGCUGGAGAUUGGUCCUGCAGUGUGAAAAUGCUUUUAGUGCAGACAAGCCUCCACCGUUCAUCCUGUCUGGGGAAAAAGCAUUUACUUCCCUCGGCUGUGAUGGAGGGAUUUUGAUGAGACUGGAAGUGCUUCAACGUCGAUUGGAAACAACACAACAAUCUUUAGUUUUUAUCAACACACACAGUAAAUUGUUUAUCGCCAAUCAGGAGGAAAAAAGUAAUUUCUUCACCAGUUAUUUCUUUUUUUUUUUGGAUUGUGCCAAACCUCCACAGAAUAUCUCAGAAGUGAAUCAGGAGCAAUUCUUUCAUUUUUUAAUAAAUGAUUAUUUUAAAACAA